UAAUUCCAGUUCUAGUUUCAGAGCAAGCAAAGGAAAGAGACUCUCACCCAUCAGGCCAUCACUGCAAAAGAGAGAGCUUUCUUCAAUGGCAGUUUCUUCAUUCUCUGCAACCUUAAUACCUUCCAUUCCUCUGUCCAGUUCUUGUCCAUUCCCUUCCAAACCAAACCUCUCUUCUUUCUCUUUCUGCUCUGCUAAAACCUUAAAGCUCAAAGCCCUUAAAUCCUCACUCCAAUCUACUAGGGUUUAUGCUGCUCCUGAAGUGUUGGACCCCCCAGAAACCCUAGACCCACCUCCAGAAACAGUAGAUGGGUCUGACUCUUCAACCCUUGAGGUUCGAGGUCCCGAGAGUCCCAGUACUUCGUCGCUCAGUAUCGGUGCAGAUGCAGAAAAGAUGGCACCGAAGCAGAAAAUUAGAAUUAAACUUAGAUCAUACUGGGUUCCAUUAAUAGAGGACUCCUGCAAGCAGAUAAUGGAUGCUGCAAGGACUACCAAUGCAAAAACCAUGGGUCCUGUUCCAUUACCAACCAAGAAACGAAUCUAUUGUGUGCUCAAAUCCCCACAUGUGCACAAGGAUGCGAGGUUCCAUUUUGAGAUCCGCACCCACCAGCGCCUGAUUGAUAUUCUUUACCCAACUGCACAAACAAUUGAUUCCUUAAUGCAACUUGAUCUUCCUGCUGGUGUUGAUGUGGAGGUCAAGCUCUGAUGAAACAGUGUUGCAGCUUAGGUGCUGGAUUUCUUCCUAGAACAAAUCUCUCUUAGAGAAUGUCAUCGUCCAGAUUUACCUUGCAGAGGGGUGACCGCUGAAACAUCAUUGAACAGUUGGACCUUUCCCAUAAGUUUCUUUUUUGGGUUUCUUGUGAGCAAUAUCCUGUAGAAAUUUGUAACCGCUGACCUGCUAAAUUGGAGAAAAAGGCAUAUAGAGUUUCUCUUUCUCA